CAGGGUAGGGUAGGGCAGGGCGGGGCGGAGAGCGGGCAGAGGCUGGGCUGCGGUGCGGCUAGAGAUGCUGUCCCGCCGCGGCGGCGCUCGGCAGCCGGGACCUCUGCACUGAAGGCACCGGGGUAAGGCGCGGUGCCCCGCCGGCUGGCAGGUGAAGUGAAUGGUAAGGACAGAAGAGUUGGAUGACACAGACCACUGAAUUUUUUUGGAGGACACGUUAUGAACCCUUUGUGGAGCAUGUCUACAAGUUCUGUACGAAAAAGAUCUGAUGGUGAAGAGAAGACAUUGACAGGGGAUGUGAAAAACAGUCCUCCACGAACUGCACCAAAAAAACAGCUGCCUUCUAUUCCCAAAAAUGCUUUGCCUAUAACAAAGCCGACAUCGCCUGCCCCAGGAACGCAGUCAACAAAUGGCACACAUGCUUCUUAUGGACCCUUCUAUCUGGAAUAUUCUCUCCUUGCAGAAUUUACCUUGGUUGUGAAGCAGAAAUUACCAGGAGUCUAUGUGCAGCCAUCUUACCGCUCCGCAUUAAUGUGGUUUGGAGUGAUAUUCAUACGGCAUGGGCUUUAUCAAGAUGGUGUGUUCAAGUUCACAGUUUAUAUCCCUGAUAACUAUCCAGAUGGUGACUGUCCACGCUUGGUGUUUGAUAUUCCUGUCUUCCACCCGCUAGUUGAUCCCACCUCAGGUGAACUGGAUGUGAAGAGAGCAUUUGCAAAAUGGAGGCGGAACCAUAAUCAUAUUUGGCAAGUUUUAAUGUAUGCCAGGAGAGUUUUCUACAAGAUUGAUACAACAAGCCCCCUAAACCCAGAGGCUGCAGUACUAUAUGAAAAGGAUGUUCACCUUUUUAAAAAUAAAGUGGUUGACAGUGUUAAGGUGUGUACUGCUCGCUUGUUUGACCAACCUAAAAUCGAAGAUCCCUAUGCAAUUAGCUUUUCUCCCUGGAAUCCUUCUGUACAUGAUGAAGCCAGAGAGAAGAUGCUAACUCAGAAAAAGCCUGAAGAACAACACAAUAAAAGUGUUCAUGUUGCUGGCCUGUCAUGGGUAAAGCCUGGUUCAGUACAGCCUUUCAGUAAAGAAGAGAAAACAGUAGCAACUUAAGAGAUGGUGAAUCUGGUGCACCAUGCACUUUCCUGUUGGACUCUGGCCUACUUAAAGCUGACUAAUGGCAAGGAUGGCCUGAAGAGUAAACCGUGUGAACUGUGACUGGGUAUCAGUGUUUUCCAUGUACGCAUUGGUUCCAUCAGCAGGUUGUGGAAACCUCUCGUUAAGUAAUGCGUUACUUCUGUCAGAAGUGUCUAAGGGUGGUUAUUUAGUACAGUACUCCAAAUUAUUGGGGACCUUGAGACUUAAGUAUUUUUCUGAACAUAAUGCUAAAGGUAAGUUGCAUUCAUUUAAAUUAACUGAGCAGAUGGGAAAUUGGCACUACUUGUUUUUAAAUCACUUGUGUUGGUUGUACAGCUUAGGAUGUAGAAAGGAUGGAUAUAGAGACAGAUUCCAGAGCUUGGCACUUUCGAGUGGAAAAUAGUUUGAAUUUCAGUCUUGAGCCUACUGUAUUACUGACUUAUACUGAGAUAUAAACUGAGGUCUCUGAGAAACAUUAGUGAGUGGAAAUCAGAAUGCUUGUUAAUAGUUUUUUUUUUUUUAAGGCAAAUUACUGUAUUUUUAUGGUAGAAGGAAGAAAAAAUGUUAAAACGGUUUCUAAUGAAGUCAGAUAUUUAAAUGAUGAAUGACUAAUGUGUUCGGUAGACAAAAUAAACCAAUAAAUGAUUGUUCUUUGUCAUUUA